UGUAACUCCCUCGAGUGCACAGUUACGCGCUGUCGAAGCAGGGCGGCUGAAGGAACCCGAGAGAGAUGUGAGCGAUCGAGCGAGCGUGAGGGGGUUGAAAGUGGGCAGGUGGGUGGCAAAGAAGGGGAGUGAGAAGAGCCUCGCGCGGUGACCGACGAAGAAGAGAGAGAGAGAGAGAGAAACAGAGAAGAGAAGGUGACCGUUGUACUCCGGAGAUUUCGCGCGGAGAUGAACAUACGAGUGGUGGUUGCCGUCCUACUUGUCUCGUCCUCCCGCCGAUGACGUCGUGUCCUGUAAAGUGGACCGUGUACGCGGAGCAGCAGGACAUCGCCGGCAGGACGAAGGACACGCCGCCGUCGCCGUUGAGGACCGUUUCUCCUCGUUCCUGGCGGCAGUGACCAUGGCGCCCGUUCUGCUGUGUAAACAGUGCUCCAGUGAAGGAUACGAUCCGCUCCUCGAGCUGAUGCUGCUAACGCUGCUACCGUGUCCUUGCUGACGAGCGGACGGAACACUCCGGCAUUCAGAUCAAGCGAGAGACAAGGCCGCGAAGAGAAGAACAAAAGUUAUGCUAAAACGAAUUGCGGGAUACUCUCGCGAUAAUUACUGUAGACUUUGUAUCUACGCGUGGUGAUCUAGACCGAGACCCUCAUUUCUUUCUUCGUGGCCGAGAGAUCGCCGAGAGAUUAAGAAGAAGAAAAAAAAAAAAAAAGAACGAGGGUGGAAAGGGAAAUAAUAAACCCGGUUUGCGAUGGUGUCGCGCGAAAUGACGGUCGUUUGCGUCGCGGAUUCGGACGAGGACAAAGAAAGCUCAGCGUGCUCGCUGCUGUCGACGCAUACUCACAGCAGACUGAGGUGCAUCAUCCUGCACUCCAAAAGACAUAUCGCUUAUCCACCAUAAGACGUCAAAGGUGAUGGCACGUGUUACGCGCCUUCGACAAAAAAUGGCGAACGCGACUGAUUCAUCCGCAACAGCCGCCAGCAACCUCCUCUCGUCCUCGACGACGACGUCGUUCACCACCUCGACAUCGGCGGCGACCUAUUCCACCGAGGAUUACACCCUCAACUACAGCAGUCUGCCCGGUCUGGGCGGCUACUCUCUGAACGACUUCAACUACACGGCAUUGUGGUUGGACGUUUGGAACAGCACCGAGAUCAACAACGUCACCGAGAAGUUGAACGCGACGGUGUUGAUAUCGGGUGGCUAUUGCGUCGAAUGGGAAGCUGCUCAGCACAAGCUCUUCCAGGCGGCGAAUUUAUUUUUCGCGGCUGCGUUUUUGGUGCCGCGCUGGUUCAAAGCUUCCGUCUUAGCCCUUCGCACGUUUCUCACGGCGGGUUUCAUGUUGGCGGCCCUCUGGGCCGGAAUCACCAUAUGCGCCUUGGACGCCAUGUUGUGGUGCUUGGCCCUCGGUCUGUUAAACGGCAUUCACUCGUUGAUACUCGCCUGUCGAUUUCUGCCGCCAGCCCUUAGCCCUGAGCUAGCCGAGCUCUAUCUGAAGCUCUUCAAGCCCUACAAAGUUAGCAAGAAGCACUUCCAGGAGCUGGCAAAGGAGGCGAGAAUACUCAAGUUGGAUUCCGAUCAGACCUAUGCGACAGAAGGUGUCACGCCGGCGGAUAAAAAGCUGUCCAUUCUUUUGCGUGGGAAACUGAAUGUAACUUGCGACGGGACCCACUUGCAUUAUAUCAGAGCUUACCAAUUCGUCGACUCGCCCGAAUGGGAAGCCAUGCACGAAAGCGACGCCGACGUCUUCCAGGUGACGAUACGAGCCGAGGAGCCCAGCACGUAUAUCUGUUGGACGAGAAUGAAGUUACUCAGGGUGCUCCGGCAUAGGCCGCUGCUCAAGGUCGUUCUUCACACCCUCAUCGGUAAGGACAUUACGUCCAAGUUGUACGCCCUUAACGAGCAGCUCGCUGGUGUCGCGACCACCAGUGAGAACGCACCGUCGAUACCUUACAGGGGGGUCUCGAGGAGUCUCAGCGUCGACGCCGUUAACACCGAAACCGCCGGAAGGAUUCGAUCGACGAACUGGAAGGUGCAGAAACAGUACAACCAACAGCGUAAUGACAAAAACUCCCCGUCCCGAUAUUCGCAUCAGUAUUGGGCACCGGUGGUGGCAAAUCACUUCCCGCCGACCUCGCCGUUUAUCCAGAGCCAAAAUCUCGGCUACUCGUUACUGCCGCAGGGUGUCCAGUUCUCGCCGCCGCCGCGAGCACCCGCGACACGGCAGCGAAGCGGGGACGCCGGCGGCGAUUACACCCUGCUACCUCUCACACCGAAGCUCGAGAGGAAGCGAUCGAAAAAAGGAACUAGAGAGGUGACAUUCGAGACGCCGGUAUGACGCUCGCUCGACGGGGAAGGGCCUGCCAGUGUGCCUCUGCUCUCACUGUCGCCGCAGCGCUUCGCCUAGCCCCGUCAUGGUCUCGUCAACAUCCUGAGGCACGCCGCAAAACUCACUCUUUGAACUUCCGGUCGACGAUAUCAACGAAUGGCCUACUUUUUCCGACGCGAGAGCGGAGACGGCGACUGCUUCAGUGCCACACGAGGAUUUCUUUUGGUACCGUGUACGUGAGGGAGAAAACGAAGUUGUUGGGUGUAGUUUUGACGGGUGCGAUCGAGAUUUCAUAUCCUGCAAGUGCCACGCUUUACACACACACACACACACACAUACAUACACACACAUACACACACGUACGCGUACGUGAAAAAUCGAAAAAUCGCGGUGGCGGCCGUGAAAGAAUAACCGGAUGUCCUUCGACCGCGCGAUGGAGUUUCCGACGUGGACCGAAAGAAGAACUGGAUCCUCAAGAGGAAUCGUGUAAUAACGUGAGUUAAUGUGACAAGUGGAAUAAUAAACGGUACGGGAGAAAUCGUAUAUAUAAACGAAAGACUAAAUAUAUAUUAUAUACAUAUAUAUAAAUAUAUAUAUAGGUAUAUUAUAUUGAUGAGCAUCGCCUCUGUGUACACCUUUACAUCGACUGUGAUUACAACGGAUAUAAUUGUUAAGUCUUCUUUUUCAGAGAAAACGCUGAUAUACACAUAAUAGGAGAGACACAUGCGUAAUUAGCUACCGCAGUAAUCACACACGCAUAUCACGCUUGCGUGAGCCACGAUCCUCUGUUGACGUUUGAUAAUUCUUUCUCUCUCUCUCUCUCUCUCUCUCUCUGUAUUCCUGAGAUUAAAAAUUCCAUUUCCAUCUUCGUGUUCUUUCGAUCGACGAUAAUGUCGCAAAACAAAUCUUUUAUUUUUUUUAUUGAAAAAAAAAGUUGAUCACGUGUAUCGUUGAAUUAAAAAAUGUCACGGUAUUUCAUCGCGGUAGGUGUUACCGCCUACUUUCGACUUGAAAAUAAUAAUUUUAUUGCCGUUUUUAUCAGCGGAGGAUGUGUGAACGCAAAUGUGAGCAGGGAUCGUUGCAUAAAUUUUAGUGCAUAAAAUGCGCAUUCACGAUAAAUGUGAUACGUCGAGAAAAAAACAUAUGUAGCAGUUUCUACCUGAUGCCGGCAAGCGAAAAAAAAAAAAAAUUGUAUUUGCACUCUCUUAAUCAAAUGUAAAACGCGUUAAACGAAUAAACAGAAGAAAAAUAGGAAAGUAAAAGAAAUGAAAGACGAGCCGAAUAAUCCAGGUGUAAAAACAAUAUAAGUGCUUCGUUUAAAAAAAAAAAAAAAAAA